UGGGACUGCAAGCGGUUCGUUUUCAUUGUCCAAAGGCAGGCACAUGUUACCCAUUUAAUCGGCUGGUUGUUUCCAAAUUUCCAAAGCGGUCACGUAUUUUGUGAACCCGGCCAAUGGGUGCAGGCUUACAGUAGGAAAUGGUAAAUACAUUGAUACUAUCGAUACUCUCGAGACUAUCACUAUCGAUACUAUGGAUGCUAUCGACACAUACUAAUACUAUUCCCAUGUUCUAUUUCGCCUUACCCAUCCCAUACGUUUUCAGCAGAGAAUAUUGGAAAAUGACUGCGGGAUUAUGCUUGCGUGGUGUUUGUGAAGAGGUAACAUGCCAACUAGGUACAACUAUGUAUACACAGUAGCCAACUGACGACAAGCUUCAUGCACCAAAACCAUCUAUGAGAUAUUUACCUUAUUCAUACAUAAUACCUAUUUCGCGUGGGAUAGAGCAUGGUAAUUAGAAAUUCG